AUGAUUUCGUCUGCGGUCAUUCUCGUCGGUGGUCCAUCUCGUGGCACCCGUUUCCGUCCUCUCUCUUUUGAUGUUCCCAAGCCCUUAUUUAAAAUAGGAGGUCGUGAAAUGAUUCAUCAUCACUUACAAGCUUUGUCAAAAGUCGAAAGUGUCAAGGAUGUUUUUCUAGUUGGCUUUUAUGAAGAGUCUGUCUUCAAAGACUUCAUCCAUGAAGCCUCUGUUGAGUUCCCCAUGUUCCAUCGUAUCAAGUAUCUCCGUGAAUAUAACUGCUUAGGCACAGGCGGUGGAUUGUAUCAUUUCCGUGACCAAAUUCUAAAAGGACAUACAGACAACGUGUUUGUUAUGCAUGCUGAUGUCUGCUGCAGCUUUCCCUUAAAUGAGUUGUUGCAAUCACACGAAGCAAAGAAUGCUUUGGUUACCCUUAUGGCUACCAAGGUAAACAAGGAAGAUGCCAGUAACUUUGGUUGCCUUGUUGAGGACUCCAACACCAACCGUGUUUUGCACUAUGUCGAUAAGCCUAGUUCUUACUUGUCAAACAUCAUUUCUUGUGGUGUUUAUGUUUUUGAUGCCUCUAUUUUCGACGAAAUUAAAAAGGCUUAUGAGCGUCGUAUUGAGGAAGUUGAGAAGCAACUUCGUUCUUUGGAUGAUGGAAUGGAAGAUUAUUUGAGCUUGGAGGACGAUGUCUUAGCUCCUUUAUGCUCUGACUCGUCUAAAGCCAUUUUUGCUUAUAAUACUCCUGAAUUCUGGCGCCAAAUUAAAACUGCUGGGUCUGCCGUCCCUGCCAACUCUCUUUACCUUCAAAAAGCUUACCACGAUGGCAGCCUUCCCAAUCCUGAUACUGAAGCUGAGAUCAUUCAGCCUGUUUUCAUCCACCCAUCUGCUACAGUUAGCCGUGGAGCCAAAAUUGGUCCCAAUGUGUUCAUUGGCGCUCGUGUACAUGUAGAUGAUGGUGCCCGUAUUCGUAACUCCAUUAUUCAAGAAGACUGUGAGGUUUCCUCUCAAGCUGUUAUUUUGCACUCUAUUCUUUCUCGUAACUGCAAAAUUGGUAAAUGGUCUCGUGUAGAAGGAUCCCCUACCUUGCCCAGCCAGCACUCUACUACCAUCAUGCGUAAUCACGUUAAAGUACAGGCUAUAACUGUGAUGGGUGCCGAUUGUCAUGUUCAUGAUGAGGUUCGUGUUCAAAACUGCCUCGUUCUCCCUCAUAAGGAGAUCAAGGUUGGCUUGGUUGGAGAAAUUGUCAUGUAA